AGCUCAUUUGAAAGCAUAGAAAGCAACUCAGCAAAAUAAUGACAGACUCGGUUGGAUAAAGUGUGUUAAUAAGAGGCAAUGCAGCCACGAAUUAUACGUUACAUUAAACGUAAUAAUACACAGGCAUAUUUAGAAAAGAUUGUGAUAUAGAAGGUAAUGAUUUAAAAGUGGGAAAAACUCUUCAGUUGUAAAAGAUUUUUCUCGUAUUUAUUUAGUACAACAUCUAAAAUAAAUGAUUUGUGUACAGCUUUAUUCUAAUGUUAAAACAAAGUCGUUUAAAUGCUACCCUUUAGUACAAAAAAUGUACUAACAAAUUGUAUGACAAACUAUCGUAAUUUUAAGAAAUCAGGGAAAGGCAAGGGGAAUUUUUAUUCAAAGUCUGGUUGAAUGUGUGCAGGUUUAUCACUUCGCAACAUAGAAAUAAACGCAUGGAUAUACACAAACAUAGCUUUUGUAAAAUUGACUGCUGAAGUGUGACGUGUUUCUUUUCCUUUUAGAUUUGAUACGAAUAUAGGGACAUGUGAAGAUAUUUACAAAACGUAUUACAUGAUGAUUCAAAUGUGUUCUGAUUUCACUAUGACAAUGAAUGUUGGGAUUAUCUUCAUUGCUAUUAUAGGACUAUCUCAAACCAUGGCAGACAGUGUCUUAAACCGAACCUGUUUAUUUGACUUGUUCAAAGCAGACCAAAAACACUCGAUGAAUUUAUCCGUUGAUGCGGAAGUUGUAUAUGAAAUUUAUGGAUACCAAAAUGGAUGUAUUAUAAACGUAGAUGAGAUUUACGAAAACAUCACUAAACAUGUUUCCGUAAAUAGAACGGAGGUUUUUGUAACUGUUGCCUUUACUUGUUAUUAUGAUUCUAAAGAACAAAGCGACAUUCAUUUUUCAUCAUCUGGUGUGACGAAAGUUUUAAAUAUUCCAAAAAUAUCAGUUCAAAUUACUGUAGGCAUAUGUUCGAUAUUCAUGGAUGAACUUGCACUUUUUCAGAAAUACGGACGAAUAUGGUCUAUUGUUACGACAAAUUCGUCACAAAUAUAUCCUGGUUUAUCUUGUUCUCCGUUACAGGAUCUAACAAUGCUUGCGUCUUCCCGUGAAUGUGCAAAAGUUUUACGUAGCAGCAAAGCGCGUGAGCACGCCAAAACAUUCUUUUGGGAGUUUUGUGAGCGUCCAUUUGAGCAGCUAUUUAACUUGCGGCUUCAAGGAUGUUCAACGGAUCGUUAUAAAAUAACGCAGAAUUUAUUACAAAGUAAAUUUCCGAAACUUCAAACACUCUGGUUGAAAUAUGUUAACCUGGAGGCAGCAGAGCUGACGUUUCCAUGGACAAAUUUUUACAUUGAUUCUUCUGAUUCCAACAUUAUUUCAUAUUUAUCACACUAUAAGGAGAGUGCACAACAAGGCAGGACUUCUAUUACAAGAAGCAUCAAUAUACACGACAGCGAUAUGAAUAUUGACAGCAAUGUACGUUUGGAUGGGUAUAUAAGGAAAAUUGUAAUCAGCAAUGUUCAAAUAAAACAACUUAACGAAACUAUAUUUAAAAAUGUUAAGGGUAUGGUUGUGCUCGAUGUAUCAAACAAUAAAAUAACAGAUUUAGAUAAGAAUGUUUUUCUCAUGCAGAAUAAACUGACCCAACUUCAUUUAUCUGAUAACAACUUGACAACACUACCUAAAGGUAUAUUUGAUGACUUAACAAGUUUAUUGUAUUUAGACUUGUCUUCAAACAGAAUAACCAGAUUGGAACAAAGGUUGUUCAAACAUCUUAUAUUGCUGGAAGAAUUAAAUCUUCAAUCUAAUGGAAUUACUACAUUACCACCCGACUUUCUAACAGAUCAGAUUAAAUCCAUACGGAACGUUUUUCUUUCCAAAAAUCCAUUGGAAACGUUUCCAAUCAAUGUCUUUUAUGCUCCAAAAGUACAAAUGGUUCGUAUUCGUCAAUGCAACAUUAGUUCUAGUGGAAUUACAUCACUACUUGAAAAUAUCAAUGUAUACGAGUUGCGGACAGGGUACUCUGAAUCUCUUACGUACGAUCCCUUAGGAACGGUAGGCAAGCAACCUCUAAAAGUUCGAUCAAUAGAUUUGACAAAGAACAAUAUAAAAGACAUACCUAUUACUCUUACAAAACCGUCAACUGUGUCAAAAUUAAGAUCUAUACUUGAAGCUUUUAGUAUAAUUAUCGAUGACAACCCACUAGAUUGUACUUGCCAGAUGGUUUUGACUACACUGUUGGUAGAAAUGUAUAUGCAAGAAGGGACUUUGAUAAAUUGGAAAUGUAUGUACCCAUUUGAGCUACGGGGUCGACUUAUUGCAACCAUAAAACCAAAUGAAAAUUACUGCCCAGUUAAUGUUGAAUACUGUCCACUGAAAUGUGCAUGUUUUGAACGUUUUGGUAACAAUUUAAUUAUCGGCUUAUCCAGGAAAAAUAGAACGUUUGUAAUUGAUUGCAGGAAUACCAAUAUGACAUACAUGCCGAGAGAAAUGCCAUAUGGACGACUUGAGUUGUGGUUCAAAAAUGCAAGCUUAGUCGAAGUAGCACCGAGAGACUAUCUAAAGAAUACAACUGUUUUCGAUGCCUCAAACAACAGAAUCAAUCUACUAACACCUGCUACAGCAGUUGCACUGUGGAAUGUGUCAACUUUGAAAUUAGAUCAUAACAACUUGACACACCUUCCUGAACAGAUAAUGAGAGGAAACAUUUCUUUGCUUACGCUCUCAAGUAACCCUUAUAUUUGUGACUGCAACACAAAAUGGAUGAAAAUGUGGCUUCUGAAAAGAACAAACCCAGCAACAGACUGGAAUAUGAUCGAAUGUACCUAUAACACAAGCAAAGUAAAGCAAAUGAUAUCAGUGCCAAAUUCCAUGUUCGUAUGUGAAAGAGCCCCAAAAAUAAGUAUUCCUGAACAUGUCAUUUUCCCGUCAAUAAUAAUCGGCAGUAUUUUGUUUGUGUUGGUUUCCUUUUCACUUCUCUUCUACUUCCAAAGGUUCUCAAUUAAAGUUCUACUUUAUUUGUACUGUGGGAUUCACACAUUUGAUAAACAGAACGGCUUUCAUCCAAAGAUGACACACGAUGCGUUUAUCUUAUAUUCACACUCGGAUAAAGAAUGCAUACGGACCAAUUUAGUUGAAAAGUUAAAGAACAAGGGCUACAGAGUGGCUGAUAUUUAUGAAGAUCUGAUUAUCGGUUUUUCGUUUCUACAAAAUAUUGAGAGGUUCAUCAACAAAUCAAGAAGAGUUAUAUUUUGCUGGACCGAGGACAUGUUGGAAGAUGAUUUCUUAUUAUCUGCAUGGAAUAUGGUUUAUGAAAAGGCGUUGAAAAAUAAAAUGAAAUCUAUCAUUCUAGUGGUUGACAAUAACCUAAAUAAAAGUAGGUGUAAUAACGAAAACCUUAGAAAGUUUCUGAAAAGUGGCAAAUUUAUUAAGAAACAGUCUAGGUACAUGUAUGCAAGUGUUGAAUAUCUGAUGCCAAAGACAGGAAUGGAUAGUGCAGUUAAACAGGCUAUCGAUGAAAAUGUAGAAGAAAACACGGUACCCAUGCUUCAGUCUUCUCCUGAUAUGGAUCACGGCCAUCAAAAUGAAUUGGUAUACUUGUCAUAUCCCGAUGAACUGGACAUUGAGAUAAGGCAACAACUUAUCCCGUAUUUAUAUGGAAUGGGACAUAAUGCCAAGGUUCUUGACCAUGAUUUUACGCCCGGUACUGAUAUCCGUGAUGAAAUUCAUGAUAAACUAGAUAUUUCACGCCAUUUCGUUUACAUAAUUUCACAAGAGGUAGUUGAGGACGAAGUUAAGAUGUUUAUACUGACCAUGGUGAUGUCCAGAUCAAUGUUGUGUGACAAUAACUAUUUAUUAUUAUUUACAUCAGGCCCUUUACGAGACGUUGAUCUUACAAAUGAUCUUGAAAACUAUUUCAACAGCUUUGUGACAGGAAGUAUCAAAGAUCCGAAAUUCCGUAAGCGUUUGUUGCAGGCAUUGCGUUCAGAUGAUAUUCAGGAUAAAAACACAACUGAAUUUAAGACCAUCUAACAAUAGUGAUAACAAGAGAAAGGUUGGUUUUAUAAUAAGAUAUCAUUAAAAGAUUCAAUCAAAGUUUGCUAUUCCUUACUUGAAUGUGUUCGGCUUCAGAAUUUUGCAAAAAUCAUGUGGACUUAAAGGACUUCUCAUCUGCAGAGACAUUACAUUAAGAGUUGUUUAAAUAUAUACGAGUGCAGAUGAAUAAUUACUUAUGUUGAGAUAAUAAGUUGUCCAGUCUAAAAAUCCAACAUCUGACCGGUUGUUUCUGAGCAAAUUUGAAAUUAACCAAUAGCGAGGACAUUCUGGGACUGGUCUCCAGUUUAAAUUUUGAAACUUUAAAACCAGAUCGAAAUAAUGCAUUGUUGCGGUUAUGAAUGAUAUGCUUUUUGUUAAACAUUAUCGAAAUGGAAUUCAUAUGUAGUUUAUAUUUCAUGUGAGGAAUCACAUGAUCAAAAAAAUCUCUAAACCAAAAUAUAUCUAUGAAUAAUAUGGGAACAAUUUGAAGCAAGCUUUGUUGUAAAUCUAAAAUUUAGCCUAUCAUAUGUCAGCAUAAAUGUAUCUUAAAACUACAUAGAUUUCAAUUACAAUCACCUUCUGAUUUUCUGGAACACUUCAAGAGACUGAGACUUCUAAUUUUCCUUAGUGUUUGUAAUUACUGGAAAUAUACCAUCAUUGUUAACUGCAUAAUUAUUUAACACUUUUCAUUUGUCAUAUAUAGGCUAUGUCUAAAUUCCAUAUUUUAUUAUGUUAGGACACUUAUUCAUGUUCUUCAAAAAAUAACUUUGGUUUAGAGAUUAUUUUGAUCAUGUGAUACCCCAAACUGAUAUUUGCCAAUGGCUACAGUUUCUUAUUUGUUUAGAACCAAUAAUUGGAAAACUGCAUUCCAAUUAUACAUGUAUUUUUGACAUUUCAUAAUGAUUUGUAACAGUAUGAAUGAAUGAGUAGUGUGGAUAGCCUCAUAUCGUACGUAAGCAUAGUAAUAAUAGACAUUAUUCCGUUCUUAACUCCGACAAAGUCUUUUAGAUUAUUAAUUUUUAUUUCUUGAUAUAGUUUUAAAACCGGUAUUGAGCAAACUUUUUUCAUACGAUUUGCAAAGGGCUAUCAUUGAUUAUUACACUGAGAUGUUCUCGUACAAUUAAUUUUGCAUGAGUUGUAUGAUGUCUUCAGUUCCACAAGCGAAAUUGUAAUAUAAAUGUUUCAAUCUGCUUUUUCAUCUAUCUGCGUUUACUAAUUCAAACACAUUUACUAAAAAAGUAAACUGCCUGGGAAGCUGUGUCCAGCGCUAGACAACUAAAGGUCAGAAUAGUGGGUUUCACCAACAGAAUUAAGGUACUCGAAAUUUCAAGAAACUGUAUCGGGCACUUGCUGGUUGUUUAGCUGGAUAGGUAAAUUUCCCGCUUUCUGCCUUAAAAUUUGUGUUUGGGAUUUAUUUGGUUCAAAGGAAAAUACAAAUGUAUACAGAGGCUUAAGCCACAGUGUGUCCUUCUGCUUGGCGACACCACUGUUACGCGCCAUGAUUCAGUCGUUUGAUACUUGAUACUUAAAGACACUGAUUCUGGUAUGCCUGGUAUGUGGCCUAUGGGAAUGAUAAGGUCUGCGUAUUGGUGGUAAUGGCCAAUACACUAGCCUGGACCCUCGAUAGACUUGCUUCUGUUUAUCAUAAUAAGCUACUGUAUAGCUACCGUGCAGUAAAUAAAUUGCAGGUGAUAUUUCUCACCUUUAUAGCAAAUCAGUUCUCACCUUUAUAACGAGUUUAGAAAGCUUGAUUGAAAUAGGGCUAAAUAAACAAAGUGAUAAGAUACAACAGUGUUUUUAUCAUAUUUUAAAUAAAUCAAGUUUUCUAACAAUUACAUCUCAUCAUUGCUGUAUUUCAUCAAAAAUAUAAAAAAUGCAUUCAGGCACAAAUCUUUUAGAAAUAAUAAAUUAUGAGUAUUUUGAACAAUGAUAUAUCUUUAUUGCUGGAUUUAUUAUACAUAGAAGAUACAUUAUUUAGACAACACAAGGGGAAUUAUGCAUUUUAAUAUAUAAAAUCCUUCUGUCCAUAUUCCUUUUUUAUCUAUUAAAAAUGCAACUGAACGCUUCUUUAAAUAAUUUCUAAUAAAAUCCAGCAAUUAUCUUUUUCUGGUUUUAUUUUGUUACUUUUGAUAAAAAGAUCAUAAUCAUUGAAUAAACAAACCUGUAAUUUCUCUUUAAAUAAAUAUUAAGUUUUAAAUAAUUAUUUUAUUGUUGAGGAGUGAGAAUUGCUUUGCUAUAAGAGUUAUAAUUUAAUUGGCCGGGAAAUUAUUCAACAUGACUGAGCAAUCAAAAUUAGUAUAUUAUCAAUUAAAAUGAUUUUGUGUACAUUCUGAAAAAAAAACAGCACUCCAAUCAAUAAAAUGCAAAACACAGGAAAUAACCAAUUUAUCUGUAGGCAAUAAAAUUUAUGAUUCUCUGACAAUAAUUAGGCUACAUGUCAAGUCUACGGGGGUUUUAUGGACCCUUAUCAGAGUGGACCAGACAGGAUCUUGUAUAUUGGGGAUUAAAAAGUCUGGUAUUUGGGGGGGGGGGGGGGGGGGUCACUUAUAUAGGAGAUUUUCUUUGCCUUUAAAUAUUUCAACUGUCACACAGCUAUUUCAUUUAGAUCAUUGUUCACGCUUCAGUGGCAGACCAAGCCUCGAAUAAUGGUGAAUGCACAUUAUCGUAAUAUCAGGUGUCAACUGAAUUCUUGUUAUUCAAAAAAAAGUAUUUGUUUGAUAUACCAGUAGGAUUGUAUCGAACUUACUUAAUCAUAUUUUUAUUCAAAAUUUUGUUAUUGUUACAAUAGAAGUAUCUUUAAAUCUCCUUAAUGUAAUAAUCCAUUGUCCUUGAAGCUGCACAUUGACAUUGUCCUAUGAAUAAAUUCGAAAUCUUCCUCUGAAAUGUUAUGGCAUGAUUAAAAAUACGUAUGUGUGAAAUAAAUAUAAAUGAUAAACUCUGGUGGAAAUACCUUAAUUCAUAACGAAGGCGGCUCCUUUAUAAGAAGAAAUAUCAUUUUGAAAUUCAUUUGGUAAAAAUGGAUGGAUCGCUUAAUACUCUAACCUAAUUUCUUGAUGUAGGACUUCGCCGUCUUGUUGCUACUAGUUUACCAACUGUGCUAUCAUCUAUAUCUGUUAAAAUUGUGCAAAUGAUAUGAAUCAGGCACGUGUCAAGAUGGGGGGCCAGGUGGCCUGCCCUCCCCCCUCCCCCAGCUGUGGCUGGCUAGUUACGAUUUUUAUUAUUAUGGGCCCCUCAAUUAAUAAAUUUAUACACCAGCGCAAUUGGCUUGAUUUGACAACAAUACAGAGGCUAAAGAGCCAUAAAACUGUGUCCGGUAGUGGAAAUUAGCCCCAGGCAUUUUGCAGGUAAAAGUUUAUCUGUACAUGCUUCGUUGAUCGCUUGCUUUUUAAACGCGGUACUUGAUUGGGUAGUGGAGAAACUAUUAUGUUUUUUAGUCUUUAGAAGUGUUAUGAAAUGAUCAUGACAUUGUUGGUUUUGUUAAGUAAAUCUUAAAAUGAAUCUGAAAAUUGAAACAUUAUGAUGGUUAUAUUUUGUUUUUACAUUAAAGCACAUUCCCCAAAUUUAUUGAAUUGAUAGAUAUUUAUCCUUUCUUUUACAACAAUUAUGAAUUUGAAACUACUACAUCAGUUUUACUCUUUGGGGUCUAAUAACCUUACUUAAAAACUCUCAUAGUUUUAAAAGUAGUUUCUCAGUAAAUCUUACAAAACGCAUCUAAAACUCGUUACUUGUGAGAGGUUUUAUACAUAAAAAUAUGUGCUGUGAUGUUAUAGUUUGUACAGUUAAGAGUUCAUUGUCAUUUGAAAUCUAUGAUGUAAAUAGUUAUUGUCAUAAUACUUUGUUUUGCUAGAAAUCUAAAGACAUUUGGCCAUUUUGCAAAUAAAUAAAUCAUCUUAAAACUUCAAUAAUUGUUUUUCGAUAUAUUUGCUUAGAAUGCAGAAAAAGUUCAAAAAAUAUGUUUGUGUUUUUAUUUAUUGUAUUAUUAAUUUUUAUUUGUGAAUUUAGUAAAUCAUUUUUCUACAA